AUGGCCCUUCUGUUUCUAAAACAAAAACUCUUCCCGAGUAAAGGGAAACAAGCCAAACCAGAUAGAUAUGGGAAACCUCUAUUAUCACCAAGCGAUUCAGACACACUAGGCAGCGAUGCAGAUCAAGACAUUGAGGCUCAGCGAUCAUACAGUACAUUCAACACGCCCCGAUCCGACGCCGAGUCCGUGUCGUCGAACUCAUCCAAUUCGCGAUCCCGCAUCAACCCGCGCAUCAUCUCGGACGCAAUUCUGGGUCUCUCCGAUGGUCUGACGGUCCCCUUUGCUCUGAGUGCUGGACUCUCUGCCUUGGGGAACACCAAAGUCGUGGUGCUGGGUGGACUUGCCGAGUUGGCAGCUGGGGCUAUCUCCAUGGGCCUGGGUGGAUAUGUCGGGGCCAAGAGUGAAGCAGAGUCAUACCAGGCAACAGUCCGGGAGACAAAAGAGCUCAUCGAAACCUCGUCCGCCGAAACCAGCUCCAUUGUCCACAAUACGUUCGCCGCAUAUGGUCUGCCGGACGAUGCCAUCUCGCAGAUCAACGCAUCGCUCCAUGCGUCGCAGGAGCGUCUUCUGGAGUUCCUCGUCUCUUUCCACCACAAAGAGAGUCAGCCCGACUGUAACCAGGCGUGGAUCUCGGCCAUCACGCUAGCCCUAGGGUACUUUGUUGGCGGCUUCAUCCCGCUCAUUCCGUACUUUAUUGUCGAGCAUGUCAAUGCGGCCUUGUACUGGAGCAUUGGCGUCAUGGCUAUUACUCUGCUUGCGUUUGGAUACAUCAAGACGUGUGUUGUCCGGGGAUGGACGGGCAAAGACAACAUCAUCGCGGCCAUCAAGGGUGGUGUGCAGAUGUGCUGUGUAGGAGGUAUAGCAGCAGGCGCUGCUAUUGCUCUGGUUCGGUUGAUCGACCAAGGGGCUGCUUGA